CUCAUCUGACCGUGCAAGACGAUGGAAGGUGGGAGCGUGCCUGGUGCGGAGACUAUGACGUGCGGCCGUUCUGAUGGUAAGCACGCUUCCGAGAGAGGUGCCAAUCCGCAGGUUUUUCAGCUCAAUCCCGCUAUGGGGAAGGAAAAUUCACCACCGAGAGAUAGCAAAUCAAUAGGUUUCGGUACAUGUGGUGGCGGCGCAGCAACAGGCUGCCGCAAGGGGCGUAAAGCCUUGGUGCCAUGGAGAUUCCAGAUUGGGUACAAGCGGACGUGGUCAUCGUCACAGGGUUUAAGCCCCAUUAUUAAUAAUGGAUCUGAUGGACCACCUGGAACAAGAGGAUCAUCCAAGUUCGAAGAUGGUUCCAUGCAGUGCGCUCCGGCAACUGCACGUAAACGAUCUCGUGUCCAAUUUUCUGCUGCCGCGCAAGUUCAGACGGGAUCUGCUUCUUCUUCUGUACCCAAAGAGAAGAAGAUUACUCCAAAGAACAGAGUUUCCAUCACUAGAGAAAGUGUCAUGGCUUCUCUGCACGAGUUCAGGGUGAUUUACAAAACUCUCCUGGAGGAAGAAAAGAACAAGCGCAGAGAGCAAGAAGAUGGCACUACACAUGACGAUCUUGGGGCUUUCCAAGUCUUCAGGGAGAGGUUCUGUGUUGAACACGGUGACAAGAGGUACGAGGGUAGCCUGCCUGGAGUUCAGGUUGGCGAUGUGUUUGAUUCUAACAAGGAGUUGUUCCUAGUUGGUCUCCACCGUUCGCAAGAGUCGUGUGUUGAUUACAUCAAAAAGGGCAGGGCAUGUCUGGCCGUUAGCAUUGUGUCGUACGUGCAGCAUUCUGCCCUAAAUCACAAUCUGGAUUUCUUGUUGCAUGUUGGAUCAACGGCUGCCACCGCCGACCAGAAGAUGGAAGGCACAGACAUGGCACUGAAGCGGAGUAUGGAUAAUAAAACACAAGUUCGUGUUAUUUACAGGUCUAUGGCUCAUCUGGGUGAACAUUCUCGGUUUGAAGGGGAUACGUAUUAUGUUUAUGGUGGUUUGUAUUUAGUCGAGAAAUUCUGCCGAGAGAAGAUUACCGAAGACCAAUUUGUUAAUACUUUUCAUCUUAGAAGAAUGCCAGGGCAACCACAUAUCGACAUUCAAGAGCUUGUGAAAAAACGAAUGGCAGAACCACCAUCCAAUGGCACUUUUGUCGUAGAUAUAUCGGCAGGUCUCGAGAAUAUCCCUAUAUCCGCCAUCAACUCCGUAUCGAAUGAGUACCCGAUGCCAUUUUCCUACAUUUCACACAUGCAAUAUCCCAUAAACUAUCAGCUAGAGCCUCCAUCAGGCUGUGAUUGCGUUGGUGGAUGUUUGAACUCUCCAAAGUGUGCAUGUGCCGUGAAAAAUGGAGGGAAGAUCCCCUUCAGCAAAAAUGGUAGAACCUUUGGGGAAAAACCUCUUGUUUAUGAGUGUGGGCCUUCAUGCAAGUGCCCUCCAACCUGUCACAACAGAGUCAGCCAACGUGGAAUCAAGUUUCGCCUUCAAGUCUUCAAGACGAAAUCAAUGGGAUGGGGAGUGCGAACCCUUGAUUUUAUACCCAACGGAAGUUUUGUGUGUGAAUACACAGGAGAGUUAGUGAAGGAUGAAGAUGCUGAGAAGACGGAAAAUGACGAGUACUUGUUCAAUAUUGGUCACAACUAUUAUAAUGUAUCUCGUUGGGACAACUUAUUAAAGACUAUUCCCUCGCUUCGAAGUGGUCCUCAAGAAGGUGAAGUAAAUGACAUUGCUGUGGAUGCUCUAAAAUCCGGCAACUUUGCGAGGUUCAUCAACCAUAGCUGCAGCGGCAACCUUUUUUCACAAAAUGUGCUCUAUGACCACGACAAUAAGAGUAUGCCUCACAUCGCGCUCUUUGCUGAUGUGGAUAUUCCUCCGCUCCAACCGCUAUCAUAUGACUAUAAUUAUACCAUAGAUGGUGUCCGUGACCCCCAAGGUAACAUCAAGAAGAAAAAAUGUUUAUGUGGGUCAUCCGAGUGCAACGGAUGGCUGUACUAAACUUAGUUGCACUACAAUGAUAACACUUCCUAGUGCUGGUGACACUUUUCUCUCUUAAGCUCUAGUUGGCUUUUUGAUAUUUAGAUAUGAGAUAGUCCAUUUUCUUCAUUUAAUAUCCUAAACCUCUUUAUGAAUGGAUUUG